AUGUCGACAGUUCUGUAUCCCGUUGUUCCUCAAAUGAAUACCAAAGACAUCCACGCCGUCAUCGAUGGACAUAUCGAUGACGAUGAAAUGGACUCAAGUUGCGACACACAACACGAUAAAGUGAAUGGCUCGCCGGAGAUCACUUCAUACACGGAGAUACAGAAACAGUUUGUGUUACUUCAAAUAGUUGGUAGAGGUGGGUUUAGUGUUGUCUAUAAGGCGCUCCACAAAGCUUCUGAGGAAGUUGUUGCACUUAAAGUGAUUGACAAGUCUCUAGUCAACACAACGCAGUUGCAGACUUUAAAGCGCGAAAUAGGAUUUGCGAAGUGUUGUAUUCACAAGUACAUUCUGAAGGUCUACGACAUCUUUGAAGACGGAGACUCAAUUUACGAAGUUUUGAAAUACGCAAAAGGAGGCAAUUUGUACGAGAGAAUUACACAUCAAGUCUUAACGGAACAACAAGCGCAAUGGGUGAUGUAUCAAGUGGCAUCUGCAAUAUACUACUUGCACUCCAAUGGCAUCUGUGAUAGAGACAUUAAGCCGGAAAACAUUCUGUUGAUGGACUCGUCCUCUUUAAAUGUCAACUUGGUCGACUUUGGUCUUGCAAAGAAGUUUGUUGGGGACGUCCUUAAAACUCCGUGCGGCACGUUUAAUUAUGCGCCACCAGAAAUAUUACUUAAGAUGAGUCAAUACACCCAUUUGUGUGAUAUUUUCAGUUUCGGAGUAACAUUAUUUGUUUCGAUGUGUGGGUAUUACCCUUUUGAUGGAGACUCGAUCAUGGAAAACGUACAACAAAUGAUCGAAGGGGACAUCAACUUUGAUGAAAGUGAAUGGGACCGCGUCAGUGAAGAGUGCAAAAACUUCAUUAGGAAGUGUCUGAGUGCAAAUAUAGAAAAUAGACUUAAUAUCGAAGGAGUACUCACACACCCAUGGUUGUGCGGUCACUCGGUAUACACAAAUCCCUAUUUUCAGCCACUUCUUAUUGAAAUGAAAAGUGGGAUAAGUGCGUUGGAAGAGGACAAGUCCAUUUAUAUAGACAGACCAACCAUGUAA